UUAACUGUCCCGUUUCCUGAUAGCAAGACAGCAGCAAUUGCUUAUAGGACUCUAACUGUCGACAAAGAACCCAAACGUAGCUCAGCAGUCAAAAAUCUACAAUUAAACGACAAUCAAUUGCUUGUGCAAUUUAACUCACCUGAUCCAAGAUCAUUAAGAGUUGGAGUCAAUUCGUUUUUGGAUUUGUUAAAGUUAACCGUCGAAACAAUUGAACAAUUUGGAGAGUAA